AUGGGAUUCCCAUUUAAUGAACAGUUACCCAAUAUUGCAAGAACAAAUCAAGCUUAUAGCUUCACCAUUGCUAACACCACUUACAAAUCCAAUAGUCAAGGGGAAAUCACAUAUCAAGCCACAAACUUACCAGCAUGGCUCACAUUUGACUCGGGGUCAAGAACCUUUUUAGGAACGCCCCAAGAAGUUGAUGUAGGGGAAUUUACAAUUACUUUAACGGGAACGGAUGAAAGCGAUCAAUCGCAAAUGACUAACGACUAUACAAUGCUCGUAUCAAAUGACCCAGGAAUAGAGAUAUCUUCACCAAAUGUCAUGUUCAACGAAAUCGCUUCAAUGGGUAGAACAGACGGAAAUAAUGGAUUGGUUGUAAAACCAGGUGAUGUGUUAAACUUGAAAUUCACCAAGGAUGUAUUCACAUUGAAAAGUGGUAGUAAUCUUCCAAUCAUUGCUUAUUACGGGAGAUCAGCAGAUCGUAGCUCUUUACCACCGUGGAUCUCAUUUGAUGGUGAAACACUAGAAUUCUCGGGAACUGUACCCAAUGUAACCUCGGAAAAUGCACCAAGUUUUGAAUAUGGUUUCAGCUUUAUUGCAAGUGAUUAUUAUGGAUAUGCUGGUGCCAGUGCUGAUUUCAAAAUCAUCGUUGGAGGUCAUCAAUUGAACACUGAUUUGAAUGACACCAUCAAGCUCAAUGGUUCUUUUGCUCAAUAUAUUAACCAACAGGUUCCAAUUCUAACAGAUGUCUAUCUUGAUGGAAUGGAAAUUGUCAAGGAAAAUAUAUCCCUGGUUUACAGCGAUGGUCUACCUGAUUAUUUGAAGUUUGACAGUGAUAAUUAUACGAUAUCGGGAACUUUACCAAAUGAUCCGACUACCAGUGCUUUCGAAGUCAUUGUGAAGGAUAUAUAUGGUAACACGGUUGAUUUACAAUACUCCAUCAAUGUGAUUGGAUCAGUAUUUACCACCGAUUCGUUACCUGACGUGAAUGCAACAAAGGGAGAGUGGUUCCAAUACCAAAUUUUAAAUUCCCUUUUUACGAAUAUUGCUGAUACAAAUGUUUCUAUUGAUUAUGACAAUUCAAGCUGGUUACAGUAUCACGAUUCGAAUAUGACAUUAAGUGGGAAGACCCCAAACGAUUUUACUCAACUAAAAGUAUCGAUUUCGGCAGAGAUGGGCUCUGAUAGUGAGUCGAGGAGUUUUAAUAUCAAAGGUGUUGAAAGAAAUGUAGUCUCUUCCACAUCAGCAUCAGCAUCAACAUCCACAUCGUCAUUAACACCAACAUCCUCAUCAGCAUCUUCAUCUGCGACAACAACUAAUCCUACUACUACUACUUCUACUACUACUACUACUACUGCUGCUGCUGCUGCCUCAAAAAGCAAUAAAGAUUUGGCCAUCGGUUUAGGAGUAGGUAUUCCCCUUGGUGCAAUCCUUAUUGCUGGUAUCAUCAUUUUCUUCUGUUGCUGCUUCAAAAAGAGAAAGGAUUCUAAACAACAUGACAAAGAGAAUAACUUGGGUGUCGUUAUCAGAACAGAAACACCACCUUCACCUCAACAGAUGGUGCCGCUUAGUGGAAAGACAAUGGACUCUAAAAUGGCGUCCCAGAUCAACUUGAUGAAACUUGAUGGCUUGGCCUCAGGAAACUCAUCAUCUUCUUCCUUAACCCACGUUGACACUGAUGACUAUGCAUUCCAUGAUGCUCGAGAACAACCAAUGAAGAGUUGGCGUGCAAAUACUGAACUGGAUAAUAAAACUUCAUCUCCCACAUUUGGAACAUCCACGAAACCAAAUUUACGAAAUAGUGAUGCGUCAAUGUCAACAGUUAAUACGGAGCAAUUGUUCUCCGUUCGAUUAGUUGACGAUCCAUCAGCAAGAAACUCGUCUUCAUCCCAAUUUGUGAGUAAUAGUUCCAUAAAUGCUUUACUCAAGAGAGAUAGCUCAUCAAAUAUCCAAAAAAUGGAUUCAAAUGGCAACAUAGUAGAGUAUAACACUUUUGCACCCAAUACGUCUUCCGAGAAGCAACGGCAACAAGUAUUAUCGUCACAGUUGCAUAUGGUUCCAGAAGAAGAACAUUCAAGAUCAAUAACUGCGCGUGAAGAUACUUCAGGGACAAUAAGUAAUCUACUUCAAAAGGUUAAUAAGUCUCCUUCAUCAACUUACUCUGCCUCGAUUAUCAACUCAUCAUCAUCAUUAUCAUCAUUAUCACCACCAUAUGGUUCAACACAAAUGCCUAAUUUGGACACAUCAACCUACAGUUAUGAGUUCAAAACUACAGAUGUUGAAUCACCACAAUCGGAUAAUUUCCUCUUGGGUGGAGAAAACAAUUCAACUCCAGCAACAAGUGGUAAUUAUUCUUAUUCAAAAACAAGGGGCAAAAACGAAAAUGUUACAAUAGCCUUAAACACCGUUUUAAUGAACCACCCUAACAUAUCUACGCUUUCAUGGAACUCAACACAUUCAGAAAAACUCGUUUACGAUUCUAGAAUUAAAAACCAAAAUUCUAAACAGGAUCAGCUAAAUGUCUCAAAGACACAUAAUGGUGGUACUGGCACUAGUGGAGUCCCUGAAGUAUCCCUAGUGGAGUUUACACGAAAGGGAAGUUUAAGAGACUCGGCUUAUGAGCCUGACUAUUACCACAAAGAACAAUCUGCGACAAUUCACAAUAGUGAUAGCGAUUAA